AUGCCCCUCAAAAGCCGGUAAACUCGCCACAUUCGCCCUCGUAAACGUGGGCCUCAACAACGCCCGACUACGUUCCCAAAACAAACCAUCCAUCGUAAAAACCCCCUCUCCCAUAAACGGCAACGUCGCAUCCCUCCUAAUAGGCUUCACCCCGAACUUCUCAAAGUCCAGCGCAUGGACCGUCUGCAAAUUCCUGGGAUCGACGGUAAACACAUUCCGCCUCCCAAUCGAGAUCCCGUGGAAGAUGGUGCCGAAUUGCUUGUAGCGGUCCAGCCAGCCGAAGACCAUGCGGUGGUUUGGGCGUUGCGGAUGCUGGAGAGGUAG